AUGUCCUUCAUUGAUUAUCCAAGACAUCAUCCUCAUCCUCAUCAUCCUCAACAACAACAACAACAACAAGUUCGCAUCUUCCCGAGGCGAAAGGCCUUCCAAGACGCUCGACCUCACAAAGGCAAGGCCCUCAUGGUCGACAUCUCCACCCUCCAGCCGCUCUUCGGACUCCCGCAGGAGGAGGCCAGCAAGCUCCUGGGGAUCUCGGUGACGGCGAUGAAGCAGCUUUGCAGGAAGCUGGGGGUAGGGCGGUGGCCAUACCAGAAGCCCACACGCAAGGAAAAGGAGAUGUUUGACGGGCUUUUAAUGGGCACGAUUUCAGCUCUUGAUGUGUCGGACGACACAAGUGAUAGCAGCAGCAACUUUUCAGAUGAGUCAUCGUCAACACCCGACCAGAUUAUCAACAGAGAUAUCGAGAUACAGAUGAUAAAGGUUCCAAACGAACCUCGUACCGAAGAGGUGGACGACUUGAGCUGGAGUGAACAGGAAGACCAGGCGAUUCUUGAACAAUUGUUCAAGACGGAUUUUUCGGAAAUUGAGCCUUGCGAUCUCCUUGUCUGA